AUGUCAACGACGCUUUCCACCUCGACCGUCUCGUGCACGUCAUGCCCGUGUGCUGGUGGUGGCCUGGAAAAGCGAGCGUGUACGGCGACCGCGUCUGCCUCGACGUCGAUAACGCGGUCUAGCUCUGCCAUCUCGACAUUUCCGCAAGGUCCGACCUCCACAACAACAACAGCCAUGCCUCCAUCCACAGUCACGACUUCCACCACCCGGCAGACCACCCUGACAACAACAACAGUGCCUCCCCAGCCUCCGACAACUACCACAUCCCGGACAACAACCUCCAGCACACCGCCAAGCUGCCCCGCCUCCAUCGCCUGCGACGCAGACAACUGUGCCGGCACCUUUGACCAGGGCGGCGUCCGAGCAACCUGCAAGGGGUCUUUCCCCGGGUGCGUCUGCCGCCCGACGGCUUCGACCUGCGGCAACCCGGCCUCGUGCGACGCGGGCGGGUGCGCGGGCAGCUUUGACGGCAACGGCCAGGCCACCUGCAAGGGCAAUUACGCCACGUGCCGGUGUCUGCCGCAGGGGACGCAGUGCGGGACGCCAUUAUCUUGUAACCUCAACGGCUGCGCCGGGACGUUUGACGCCAAUGGGCAGGCUACCUGCAAGGGUAACUUUGCCGGAUGCAGGUGCUUGCCUCAGAGUGAGCAAUGUGGGACGCCCUUGUCGUGCAACCUCAACGGCUGUGCUGGAUCGUUUGAUUCCAACGGGCAGGCUACUUGCAAGGGCAACUUCGCUGGGUGUAGGUGCGUGCCACAAUCGGAGCAGUGUGGCACGCCCUUGUCUUGCAACCUGAACGGCUGUGCGGGUACCUUCGAUUCGAAUGGACAAGCCACCUGCAAGGGAAACUUCGCGGGAUGCAGGUGCUUACCUCAAAGUGAGCAAUGUGGCGCGCCGCUGUCAUGCAACUUGAAUGGUUGCGCCGGGACAUUCGAUUCGAACGGGCAGGCAACUUGCAAAGGCAACUUUGCUGGUUGUCGCUGCCUACCACAGUCGGAGCAGUGUGGUACUCCGGUCUCUUGUAACUUGAACGGUUGCGCGGGCACCUUCGACUCCAACGGCCAGGCUACCUGCAAGGGCAACUUCGCCGGGUGUAGGUGUCUGCCACAGAGCGAGCAGUGUGGCACACCGCUGUCGUGUAACCUAAACGGCUGUGCCGGCACCUUCAACUCGGACGGAGUAGCCACUUGCAAGGGCAACUUUGCCGGCUGCAGAUGUCUGCCACAGGCGGAACAGUGCGGUAACCAGGCCAGCUGUGAUGCCGGCGGUUGCGCGGGAACUUUUGACGCGGAUGGGUUUGCUACUUGCAAGGGGCGAUAUGCCACCUGCCGAUGCAAUCCAACGACAAACACAUGUGGGAACCCUCUAUCGUGCGACCUCAACGGCUGCGCCGGCACAUUCAACUCCGACACGGGCAGGGCGACGUGCAAGGGGCGCUUCGCGACCUGUCCCUGCAUUGCCACGACGGCCAUGUGCGGCGCCCGGCAGAGCUGCGACGGCAACAACUGCGCCGGCCGCUUCACGGGCAACGAUCCUUACGGCCACUGCACCAACUGGUGGCAGCCCUGCGAGUGCAACGCCACACCCAACACAUGCGGCGAGAGGCGAAGCUGCGACCUGAACGGGUGCAACGGCAGUUUCGACAUCAACUCGCUCCAACCCUACUGCCGGGGCAAUUUCCGAGGCUGUGCCUGUCUGCCGACAGACAGAACGUGCGGCACCCGCCAGCAAUGCUCGACCAACGGGUGUGCGGGGACUCGAGACAGCGACGGCGUCUGGCGAUGCAAGCAAAACUAUGGCGGCUGUAGGUGCUUCGUCAACAAGUUCUGGGCCCACGGAGGGGGCCCGCUCGGUAUCACCGCCAUCCCCAACCUGUCCAUGUAUGGCAACGACAAUGAGUGCACCAACGUUCCCUCGGACUGGAACGACCGCAUCUAUCAGAUCGGCCUCCAAGACAACUACAAUUGCCAGUUCUUCCAAGAUAUCAACUGCGCAGGAGGUUCCGUCUUCUACAACGCAAGGGGGGUGCACAACCUCCCUGGCAACUUGGGUGGGCAGGUCAGCUCCUUCAAGUGCUGGCGUAGCGAUGGGAACAACAACUCGCCGUCGGCGAACGGAUGA